AUUUAAUGUGCACGGUUGUUACUCCAGUGCCCUAACGUCGAAGUCCAAAGGUCUGGCAACAUCAAAAUCUCUUGGUGAAUGGAUGAAUGAAUGAAAUAAGAAGAAAUACAAUAUUUACAUCCACCUGAACUCUACUCAUAUUCGUUAUAUUCCUUGUUCUUAUAAUUAUGUCUAUUUUUUGCUCCAUUGUUUUCAGAUUUUCCGUGACAUCACUGAGGCCUUGACACCAGUAGUUUACAUUUGUAAAAAGGGGUUUUGGGCAAAACCAAAUUUCUUCGCAAAUGUUUAAACAAUUUCCAACUUUCUUCACAAAGACAAAGAAAUUGCACUGAACUAAUAAAAUAAUUACAAAUGAUCCCGAAUAUCUGCCAACAAUCUAGUGAUGUGGUCAUAAACAAAUUACUGGUCCAUUUCACCAGGCAACACUUAGAAAUAAGACUAUUCUAAGAUGACCUAGUGCAGUUGAAAAAAAAAAAAAACUAAAUUAGACCUUAUACGGUUGCCCCAACAGUCCAGGGAUCCACAUCUGCGACCUUGUAAUCAACAUCGAUUUUACCAGAUGUUGACACUUGAUGCUUUAUUGCAUUAAGGGUAUGGCAAUCAAGAGAAAUUAUUUCUCUUGGCUUAUUUAAAUCGAGAACAAAACAGUGUUAAGUCAUUAUUUAUACAAAUAUUUUUAUCCAUUUGCUUUAUAAAUUAUUUUGGCAAACAUUCAUGUUUAAAAACAAUUAAAUGGAAUCGUAAAAUAUAAAGAAAAACAGAAUUAUAAUUUUCUUUAAAUUAUCUCUUUUUUCCGGCUCAUGUUCUAGAACACGGUUUUGAGCAGGGCUGCAACAAAGAGGUAAAUGCUCGGGUCCCAUCACCGAGAGUCGGGAAAACGUUGUGUUGCGGAAUUUGAAUUUUUGUGGAUUCAAUGCAACGCCCACUAUCAAACAAAAGGGUUUACUCCAUCAGUUCCCGAUAUGCCAAAAUCAUGCAGGCAACCCCAGUAACACAACCAUCUCUGCGCCAAACAGCUUACAACAACUUCAUUGGUGUUAGUGUCAGUCGCACACCUACAUAGUCAUACUACGCCUUUGAUGUACACAGUUGUUACUCUAAUGCCCUAUCAUCGUUGUCACAAGGAUUGGCAAUACUAACAUUUCUCCUUGAAUGAAUGAAAUAGUCGUCUUAUGCUAGGAACACAAUUGGAGCGAACGACGAAUUUCGCCCUACGCGGCGACAAAAUGAGCCGCGAAAAUUCGUCGACUGAUGAAGUUGUUUACUUUUUGCUCAUUUGUUGACUACAAUGAAUUAUACAAAAACACAUAAUUCUUUACGUUCUCUAUUAUAAUUUCACUUAUGUCCAUCUUCUCUAUUAUAAAUUCACUGAUAUCCAUCUUCACUCAGGCGCAAGUACACAAAUAAAUAAACAAAUUAAUUAUGUUUUUUUAUACGAGUAACAGAUAGUAGAGUGACCAUAACAAAUUUUAAAGUAAAAAGUAACUUUAUUUACUAAAACACAUAAAAUUCGUACAAGUAUGGCCACCUUGUACUGUUUUGUUCGCCGGUCGCCGGCGUAUGAAAUAGAAAUAAAGCUAAUUGAGUUCGCGGCGACCGACGAAAUUUUCGCCGGUGCCGUGAUUGUGUGCACUUCCAUAUACACAUAUGUGUUUUAUUUUUGACGACGAACAUACGCCGCGAAAAAAUUCGUCGUUCGCUCCAAUUGUGUUCCUAGCAUUACGCAUUUAAUGUGCACGGAUGUUAUUCUAGUGCCCUAACAUCGAAGUCCAAAGAUUUUCCGUGACAUCACUGAGGCCUUGACACCACUAGAUUCCAUUUGUAAAAAGGGGGUGUAUAAGUUCGAUAUGUUCCACCACUUUCCAAUACUCGUCAAUCACGGAUGCUAAUUGGCACACUGGCAUCUCCUCUACAAUUCCCUUGGCGGAUCGCCGCUGGGUAUUGGUUGUUGGCGGUAGGCUCACCUUGUUCUCAUUGGAAGUAGUUGUAGUUGUAAUAAUAUACAGACAUGGGACCCUCAGCGGUCACUCAGAACCUCUGCGUUUACUUGUCUGUAUUUGCAUAUGUAUUAGAAAUAGACAAGGGAUCCACUGCGAUCACUUAGAACCUCUGCGUUCACUUGUCUCGUAGAAACGGAAGCAUAAACACACGGUAUGUUCGAUAUGUUCCACCACUUUCCAAUACUCGUCAAUCACGGAUGCUAAUUGGCACACUGGCAUCUCCUCUACAAUUCCCUUGGCGGAUACCGUAGUGAGCGGAUCGCCGCUGGGUAUUGGUUGUUGGCGGUAGGCUCACCUUGUUCUCAUUGGAAGUAGUUGUAGUUGUAAUAAUAUACAGACAUGGGACCCUCAGCGGUCACUCAGAACCUCUGCGUUUACUUGUCUGUAUUUGCAUAUGUAUUAGAAAUAGACAAGGGAUCCACUGCGAUCACUUAGAACCUCUGCGUUCACUUGUCUCGUAGAAACGGAAGCAUAAACACACGGCCUCUGUCGCCACCCCAAUUACUAAAGGCAACACCUCAGAAAUAAGACUAUUCUAAGAUGAUCUAGUGUAUUUGAAAAAAAAACUAAAUUAGACCUUAUACGGUUGCUCCAACAGUCCAGGGAUCCACAUCUGCGAGCCGGGAAAACGUUGUGUUGUGGAAUUUGAAUUUUUGUGGAUUCAAUGCAACGCCCACUAUCAAACACAAGGGUUUACUCCAUCAGUUCCCGAUAUGCCAAAAUCAUGCAGGCAACCCCAGUAACACAACGAUCUCUGCGCCAAACAGCGUACAACAACUUCAUUGCUCGAGAGCGCCGCCGGCAAUUGAUUUGACCACGCAACAAUACAUCGAUUAUUGAUGAGUGCCCCGUUCAAGGACUGAUGUGCGUGGUACUACUUUACACACGUGGGGAACUCCCACUCCCUGAUGUCUCAAGGCCGGGCUAACAUUCCCGUCCCAAAGUGAGCGUCCCAUGGUAACGGGAGCGUGUAAAUUCUUCAGGUGUUAGUGUCAGUCGCACACCUACCUAGUCAUACUACGCCUUUGAUGUACACAGUGGUUACUCUAAUGCCCUAUCAUCGUUGUCACAAGGAUUGGCAACACUAACAUUUCUUCUUGAAUGAAUGAAAUAGUCGUCGUAGGCAUUUAAUAUGCACGGAUGUUACUCCAGUGCCCUACCAUCGAAGUCCAAAGGUCUGGCAACCAACAUCUCUUGGUGAAUGAAUGAAAUAAGAAGAAAUAGAAGGGGUUUUGGGCAAAACACGAAUUUCAAAAUUUCUUCGCAAAUGUCUAAACAAUUUCCAACUUCCCUCACAACGAUAAAGCCAUUGCAACGAACUAUUAAGAUAAUUAAAAAUAAUCCCGAAUAUCUGCCAACAAUCUAGUGAUGUGGUCACAAACAAAUUACUGGUCCAUUUCACCAGGCAACACCUCAGAAAUAAGACUAUUCUUAGAUGACCUAAUGUAUUUGAAAAAACUUUAAGCCUUAUACGGUUGCUGCAACCGUAACCAACACCGAUUUUACUAUAUGUUGACACUUGAUGCUUUGUUGCAUUAAGGGUAUGGCAAUAAGGAGGUAAAUUCUCGGGACCCAUCGCCGAGAGUCGGGAAAACGUUGGGAUGUGGAAUUUUGAAUUUUUGUGGUUGAGUACAAUUACUAAAAAAAUAUUCAUUAUCAAUUGUUUUUUUUUUUCUACACACUUCAAGGAUUCAAAGCAACGCCAACUAUCAAACACAAGGGUUUACGCCAUCAGUUCCCGAUAUGCCAAAAUCAUGCAGGUAACCCCAGUAACACAACGAUCUCUAUGCCAAACAGCGAACAACAACUUCAUUGAUUUUCCGUGACAUCACUGAGGCCUUGACCCCAGUAGUUUACAUUUGUGAGAAGGGGUUUUGGGCAAAACACGAAUUUCAAAUUUCUUCGCAAAUUUCUAAACAAUUUCCAACUUUCCCCACAAAUAUAAAGCCAUUGCAGUGAACUAUUAAAAUUGUUGAAGCGAGUUCAGUUUCCGCAUUUUACAACCUGAGGGGAUUGACACCGCAGACAUCGUUCUAACCCGCUAAUACAGCCCACUACUGGUCAUCACCCCCUGACUUGUACAUGGUCCUUCAAGAGCCGUGAAAGAAGUGAAGGAAGAUUUUUUUUUGAAUUAGAUCCGCCGCUAAAUACAUAUUACCCUUGGAAACUAAUUCUCGUUUGACAUGGAUGAGAGGAUUCAACGCAAUGCCCACUAUCAAACAAAAGGGUUUACUCCAUCAGUUCCCGAUAUGCCAAAACCAUGCAGUUAACAGAAAUAGCAAUAUGAAUACCAGAUCGGCCAGUGCACCAGGUAGUCCUAUCAUAGGGCACCUCAGCUGUAACUGUUAGCAAUGCCACUAAUGCAGCCCACAGCAUUCUAACUUCCACAUCAAAUGUUAUGACAACAGCUCAUAAUGUACCCCUUACCAUCCAUAGUGUCUUUACGGGGGCUACAAUCCCUCCUACGUCGAACCAGAAUAAACCAGCAACUUCCGCCUUAUCAUCAGCUGCGCCACAAAUUCCCUCCGCCAUACAAGAAGCCUCAAACUCUUUCAAUACCUCAUUUUGGUCGCAUGGAAGCGUUGCAUUGCCAAGUUACAGUGUCUUGACAGGACUGCAACAACUGCAGAUCAGGCCUGGGGUUCCGCCAGCAGAUCUAGUAGUCAGUGCAGGGGUCAAAGAGAUCAUUAACUCGGCCAUCGCCUUGUCACAACCGUCAGCAAGAAGAAGAGAGGUUGAGAGCUUUAUACCACGUAUUGCCGAAGCCAACGCGUUCUUUGUUGGUGGGUAACGAUUCAGGAAAAAAUUUUUUAAUCAUCUCACUUGACGAUGCCAGCAGCGACACAUGCACAGGACCACUUCUCGUUGGAGUCAGCCAUCGUCAAUUCAGCAGCGUUGGCAUCAGGCUUAAGAGCGAACAAUCGCAUGUAACCAUGGGACAUCCACCACCAUUGUCACAACAAUCGAAUUUUGGUUAUCAUCCAGUUCCGAAGGCAAACCCACAACAACCAAAAACUACAUUUAACCUGCCACCACCAAAUCUUGCAGUACCUCCGCCAAAUUUCGCAUUGCCUUCGGCACGGAGUAUGGAGCCUUCAGAAAUUUUACCGAACAGCUAUCAUCUUCGGUAGCCAGGAAAUUUCCGUUCAGAGCCUUCGGGACGGUUCAAUCUGGAGAAGUGGGGUGUGCAUAUUGACGGUACGGCAAGACUAUGAAUGUCCGGGAAUUCAUUUUCCGAGUAGGAGAACUUAUUAAAGACUAUAAUUGUCCCGAGGAGGAGUUUGUAACGAAUUUUCACAAGCUGUUAAGCCAACUAGCAUUAUAUUAGUACUCUUGAUCCAACAACAGAGAUUUGAAAACGAGUUUCAAAUUCAAAUGCAGAUCCUUAACCGGCGACAGUUACCGGAAAAUACCUUUGAUGAGUACUAUAAUGCCGUUCUUAAACUCGUACCCAGCCAGAGACGAAAGAGAUGUUUGAAAUCAUAAUAGAAAAUCUUGAGUCAGCCCUUGCCCAAAUGAUAUUUUCGGCGCACACUCAAGAUUUGGGAGAGCUCUAUAGACAGGCGAAACGAGGUGAGAGCUUAAUUGCGAUCCAUAGGCAGCAGAGUUAUGCCAUGUCCCAAAGGGUACAUGAGCUUGAUUGGCAACAAAAUGAAGAAUUUUCAGAGGAAAUGGACGUAGAUGCAAUAGUCGUUACAUCUAGAUAUAAAUACUAGACUGUGGAGCGAUGGGACACAGCUAGAUGGAGUGUAUAGUAGAUUUUUUGUUGCAAAUGUGGCCAAGGGGGAUGUUACUGUUCCAGAUAGUACUAGUACUACAAGAACCAACCUCAUUCUGGGCAGGUGCGGUCAACACCAAUCUAAGCAAAGAAAAUACAAAUAGGUUAACUUUUAGCGAUAAGAUAAAAUCUUUAAAAAAAUGAAUGUUAGCAAUUUGAUGCCAGGGUCAGAUUCAAAAGUAAAGUUGAGGGAGCUUAAACCGCUCCAUAUCAGAAUCAAAGAAUACAACGAAGCCAGGGCAAGAAUCUUCGGAGAAGUUUCGAAUAAAUUAAAUAAGGCUCGGGAGAGGUAUAAGAGGAGAAAACGUAUACGGAGAGGGAUCUCCUCAGCAAACCUGUAUGAAGGUGAUGAUACCCGGUUAUAUACGAAAUUGUUUAUUAAUGGGCAGGAAGUAGAGGUUUUAUUGGAUAGCGGAGCAACAGUUUCUUGCUUGGGAAAGAACUGCCUCGUGAAUUGUUUUUAGGCGUAGAUUUCAUGAGAAGUUUACAUUUGUUUGCUCAGGUUGACGGUUUGUCCUUCCAUCAAAAGAGCCUCGGUGAUGCCGCGGAGAUCAAUGAUGUAGAAACAUCAUGCAUUGUCCGAUGAGCAACGCAUUCGUUUGCAAUUGGUGAAGGACAAUUUCAUAUGCUCCAUUCAAUCGACAUCCGCGAUGCAACUCCAGUGAAAGAUAGACAUUAUCCCGUUUCCCCGGAUGUGCAAAAGCUUAUGUAUGCGGAAUUGGAUAGAAUGCUAGACCUAGACGUGAUUGAGGAGAGCGAGAGUCCAUGGAGUCAUCCGGUUACUCUAGUUCGCAAGGGGGACAAGAACUGUUUGUGUCUGGACGCUCGAAAACUCAACGCACUGAAGGUCAAGGAUGCCUACCCAUUGCCACGUAUAGAGGGUCUCUCAGUCGGCUGGGUAAUACCUACUUCACAUCCAGUGUCGUCCUGAAGGAUGUCUUCUGACAAAUUCCAUUGGAUCUUUCAAGUAGAGAGAAAACUGCCAUCACGGUACCCGGACAACCACUUUACCAUUUCAAGGUCAUUCCCUUUGGUCUGUGCAAUGCAGCCCAAAGGUUAUGCCCAUUAAUGGGUAAGGUGAUCCCUGGUGCACUACGUGACAGAGUUUUCGUCUACUUGGAUGAUCUUUUGGUAGUUUCGCCAGACGUCAACACUCACCUGAGGUUGUUAUAGCGGGUGGCAGAUUGCUUGGGUAGAGGUGGGCUCACUAUAAAUUUGACUACGUCGAAGUUCUGCUUCAAGGAACUUAAGUAACUUAAGGCUUAGGUGGAGGUGGAAAAUUAAAACCUGAUACGACAUAGAAGAGGUAUUAAUAGAAAUAAAGUCUUUAAUCGAUUUAGAUUCGUCCGCUUUCAAAUCGGACGAAUACGCCGAGCUUAUACAACGGAAUUCAUCACAGCUUCCCGACUUUAAAGUGAUAGACGCUUUGUGUGCGUGUAUUUUUUUAAUGUCCUUGAGGUUGUCAAAGCAGGCAGUUAUAUUAAAUUAACCAACAAUUGUUUCAUAGAGUCAUAUUUUCAAGCUGGUCUCCACGACAGUUUCCUAAUAUUUAAAGAAAAAGAUCCCGCAGAUAGAUAGUCCAACUAGCAUCUGAUCUAUCAUAACUGGGAUGAAUAUUGCACUAUCCCUUACUUGAAAAUUUAUCUUUUUCAAUCAGACAAAACAACAAACUGGCCAUUCACAAUACAUACAUUGUUACACACUAGAUGUACGAGUUAUUGCACUGACCAAAGGUAAAUAGAAGUGGUUAUGCUAAAUAUUCAAUAUUAUUCAGGCUGAUGGGUAUUGCCAUAACCCUUAUGACUAUGGAUUCCAUUUAAGCUAUUUGUUAAAACAUACAUAAAUAUUUUUUUUAUUGUUCUAUAAACAUACUUUAGAUUUAAUUACCAAAAACAAACAAUAAAUACAAAAUCAAACACACCUACAUAUUUAAAAGUUUUAAAACUGCUUAUACAGCAUUAUUAUAUCACAUAUUUGGACUAUUUUAUUGUUACAGUUAAUUUUCUUUAUUUUAGUUCAUUGGCCAUUGGUUCAUUCACUUUUGCAAUGUUUUUAAGUUUCUUUAACACAUUUAUUUAUUUUGCUUACAUAGCAUUUAAUGUCUACUAGUAACCGACCUACAUUACAAUUAAUUUAUAUCAGCAUUUAUCAAUAGCAUUUUUUAAUUAAUUAUGUUAAGAAAUUAUGUAUAUAAAGACAGCCAGAAAUAAAGAAAAUUCAGUCGUCUUUUGUAGUGACUAAACUAAGAGUUUUAAUUACUAUCUAGGCGGCUUCCUUCAAGUUCAUGUGCUUGGAAGGAAAUUAAUUUGGAUACUAAGUGUCAGUUCAAAUUUAUGUGUUUGGAUUGAAUCGCACUAGAUCCUACUAUCAAAACAUUUUUUGGUGACCCCGAUCAAAACAUUUUUUUUUUGGAGGCCCCGGCGAGAUCGUUUACACACAUCCUUUUGCCCCACAAGUGGUAAAGGAUUUGAAUCGUAAGACGUGAUCGUUUACACACAUCCUUUUGCCCCACAAGUGGUAAAGGAUUUGAAUCGUAAGACGUGAUCGUUUACACACAUCCUUUUGCCCCACAAGUGGUAAAGGAUUUGAAUCGUAAGACGUGAUCCUGACGAUAACUAAACCGAAACAUUUUUUGGUGACGUUAUCCACAAGGUGUGAGGACGUAACGCACGCGUACCAAUUUCAAAAACCCCCUUUUGGAGCUCUGGAGGAAAACCAGGAGGAAAUUGCCGGUAACUAAUCAUCAUACAACAACUGCUGCUACUCGCUGAUAAAUCAACAAACAAUAAUGGCAAACGUUCAAGAGCUUAUUUCUCAGCAAGAAGAAAGAGGCAGCAAUUUCGAAAAAUUCGUCUCUACUAUAAAGAAGGCACCUCUUGAAAGGAGAACGGAAGAGUUCUACAAGAGCAAACUUGAUGAACUAAGGCUGUUAUGGCAGAAUUUUGAGAAGGCAGAAAACAGAAUUCGCGAUGAUCCAUCAUUGUCAGAGGAUGAUCCGUAUAUUGCUCGGAAUCUAUAUAGAACGAUUGGAGAGAAGUUCAGCUUAACAAUGGAAUAUAUAGACGCAGAAAUAAAGAAACUGAGGUCAGCCAAAAGUAAGCCAGUUCCCACCUUGAGAGAGAAAUCGACUGAAGUUGUCGCAGGAGACAAAAUACCUUCCCGUGUUGAUGGGCUUGUCAGAAUGAUAAAUGCUCGAAUGAGUGCCCUUAGUCGUCACUUGCAAGGCUUGGGCACAAUCGAAGCGGAACAGCCGAAGCAAUUUUAUAGCAUCAAAGAAGAUACUAUAAAAAAGCUAUGGAAUCAAAUAACGGAGCUCUACGAUGAAAUAUUGCAGCAGAUUGAAGAUCCAUCGAAAAUUGGAUUAAGUCAAGAAAACUACGAUAUGCUGGAAGAUUCGGUACAAGACAACUUAAUAAAACUUGCAGUCUUGAAAGACAAAUGCAGCGAAACCGUGACCAUUGCACCUCAAUUAGGGAGUGACAUUAUAGCACACAGUUCACUCCCACUACCAAAGGUAACAAUUCCUCAAUUCAAUGGGGAUUGUUUGAAGUGGCGUCAGUUCUAUGAACUUUUCUUGGAGAUGGUAGACAAACAGUCUCUUCCAAGUGUUCAAAAAAUGUGGUAUCUCAAAACCAAUUUGUCUGGCGAGGCUGGCAAACUAUUCAGUCAUCUAUCCUUGACAGAGGAUAAUUACAAAACGGCAUGGAUGUUGCUGCAAGAACGUUAUAACAAUAAGCGGGUUCUUGUUUCCACUCUAGUAGAACGGAUUUUGAGUCAACCAAAUGGAACUUCAUCAACGGCCUCCAUCAAGGCUCUGCAUGACACUACAAAGGAAUGCAUGCUAGCCCUCAACAAUCUUCAAAUCGACACAACGUCUUGGGAUGCUCUAUUGAUUCAAUUGAUCACAAAGAAAUUGGAUCACGCUCUGUACAUACGAUUCAUGCAAUCACUGGCGAAUCCGAAGGAAGUUCCUACUAUGAAAGGGCUGUUUUCAUUUUUGGAACUUCAAUUCGAAUCAAUGGAAUCGAUUGGAAAAGCGGCAUCUACGCACAAGGGUUCAACCAAAACUGUUUCGUCCGUAACAUCAGUGGAGGAUCACAGGAGUUGUAAACUAUGCAAGAACGACUCCCAUCCAAUUUAUCAUUGUAAGAAGUUCUUGGCAAUGACAGAAGGUGAGCGAUUGAAAUGGAUACAGCAACAUAAAUUGUGUGUAAAUUGUUUCAAAUCGGACCAUGCAGCAAAAACUUGUUUUUCUGGCAACUGCAAAAUAUGUAGUAAUAAGCACAAUACACUGCUACAUUUGCCAAAAAAGUCUCAACCGUCGCCGAAGGCCUCAAAUCAAUCACCACCAACAAAAAUCGAUAUCGCACCAGUUAACGUUACUGCAGUUUCUUCGGCAUCAGCAGAAGAUCAGAAAAAUGUAAUUCUAGCAACGGCUAGAGUCAUCAUCAAAGCGACUAACGGUAUGUCAGGCGAAUUUAGAGCGGUGUUAGACUCGGGUUCGCAAGUGAACAUUGUGACGGAAAGACUCAUACAAAAAUUGUCACUUAGAACAGCAGAUGCCUCUUUAUCUAUUUCCGGAGUCGGAAGGAUUCAGAAGAAGGCUUAUCAUCGGGUAAACAUACAAAUGUUAUCAAGCAAUUCUGAAUUUUCCACAAAUUUGGAAGCAUUUGUUUUGCCCACAAUUAUACCUCCGCAACCAAAUCAUGAUUUGGAUAUACAAAACUGGCAAAUUCCCAAGAAUAUUAGAUUAGCAGACCCUAAUUUUAACGUUCAAGGAAAAAUUGACAUUUUACUCGGAGCUGAGUUUUACUUCAGUUUAAUGCAACCAGGCACAAUAAAACUAAAUGGUCAUCAACCCAUACUCCAAAAUACUGCGCUUGGCUGGAUUGUAGGUGGUUUAAUUCAACAAUCGUCAACGGACGACACAUCAGCAGCGCUAACAUGCGCAAUUUUUAGUGAAACAUCACUGGAACAAGCUAUCGAAAAAUUAUGGAAACUUGAGGAAGUGGAAUCAACUGAGAAGGUCAUGUCUCCAUUAGAAACCCUUUGCGAAUCUCACUUCAAUCAACAUGUUAAGACGGAUCAGAAUGGUCGUUUCAUCGUCAGCUUUCCGUUUCAAGAAUCUCCAACAGCAUUGGGGAAAUCACAUGCAAUGGCUUAUAACCGAUUUAUGAGCCUUGAACGCCGACUUCUACAGAAGGAAGAUAUCCGAAGUCAGUACGUUAAAUUUAUGCGAGAAUAUGAACAAUUAGGACACAUGCAAAAGAUUGACGUGUGUACCGUAUCAAAUCCUAAAUAUUUUAUUCCACAUCAUUGUGUUCUUAAGCCCGAUAGUACAACAACAAAACUUAGGGUUGUAUUUGACGCAUCAGCGAAAACUUCAUCAGGUCAAUCGUUAAAUGAUCUAAUGUAUACAGGACCAAUCGUACAAAGUGAAUUGUUUUCUAUUUUGCUGAGGUUUCGAUUGCCAAAAUUCGUCUUCACAACCGAUAUUGAAAAGAUGUACAGGCAGAUUUUAAUGCAUCCCGAUGAUCAAAGGUAUCAGCUAAUUAUCUGGAGAGAGGAUCCAUCUCAUCCAGUCAGUUAUAACAAACUUAAUACGGUCACAUAUGGGACACGUUCAGCACCGUAUCUGGCUACAAAAUGCUUACAAAAGAUUGCAAACGAGAACAUGAAGCAUUAUCCAUUAGGCUCACAAAUGCUGAAAGAUAAUUUUUAUAUGGAUGACGGUCUCGGCGGUGCAGAUAGCCUAAGUACAGCUAUUGAAAUACAAAAGGAGUUAAUAACAAUCUUGAAACAACACGGCUUCAUUCUAAGGAAAUGGUCGUCCAAUACACCAAGAUUGCUGAAGGACAUACCACAUAGCGAUCGAGAAGUGAACCUGGAUCUCAACGAAUCUCAAACAAUAAAGACGUUGGGAUUAUAUUGGAUGCCGCAAGCAGAUCAAUUUUGUGUAAAAACGAACAUUGAUCAUAAUGAAAUCAUAUCAAAACGAGUAGUUACGUCUGAACUAGCAAAAUUAUUUGAUCCGCUUGGCCUACUUGCACCGAUUGUGGUGAAGGCAAAAAUAUUUAUUCAGCAGCUGUGGCAACAUACAUUAGAUUGGGACGAAGCAUUACCCGAAAAACUUUGUGCCACUUGGAAAACAUUUCGAAGGGAAUUGGAAGGUCUCAACAACUUUAAGAUACCGCGACAUGUAUUCUGUGGGGAGAUCCCGACGAAAAUCCAGUUGCAUGUGUUUGCCGAUGUAUCGGAAAGAGCUUUUGGCUCGGCUAUUUAUAUUCGUUUUAUUGGAAAAGAUGGACGAGUCGUUGUACGUCUGAUCUGUGCUAAAUCCAGGGUAGCUCCUUUGAAAAAACAAACUCUACCACGAUUAGAGCUAUGUGCCGCAGUGGUAGCAGCUCAACUGGCUACCAGGGUGAAAAAUGAGCUAAGGCUUCAGUAUAAUCCGAUGUUUUUAUGGACUGAUUCUGAAAUAGUACUCGCCUGGAUAAAAUCAAGGUCCAACGUAUAUAAGACUUUUGUGGCUAAUAGGGUAUCCACCAUACAAAACUUAACAUUGCCAGAACAAUGGAACCACGUUAAGUCAAAAGAAAAUCCUGCCGACAUUUUAUCCCGAGGACUCUCGCCAGCUGAUCUUUCUAAAUGCCGAUUAUGGUUUCAUGGUCCAGUUUUUCUUCAUGGAAAGGAAGAACUAUGGCCGACCAAAUUCUCUCCGCAAGAGGAUAUAACAAAUAGCAUGGAGUUAAAGACUGCAGCUACGACGUCAAUAGUAACUUCUGACAUGCAUCUAAUACAUAUGAUCGAGCACAAAAAUUCAUUCAGGAAGUUACAAAGAAUUUUAGCAUACGUGCUUAGAUUCACCAGCAAUGAACGUAUGCAAAAGGCACACCGGCCUCAACAUAUAACACUGUCUUCCAACGAAUUAGACGACUCCCUUCGUCGAAUAAUUCAAGCCGUACAAUCAUCCGAAUUUGCAGCUGAUAUCAACGCGUUGAAGGCUGAAAAGCAGAUUAAUAAGCAUAGCUCGCUAUGCAGUUUAUCACCGUUUUUGGAUGAUGAAGGCAUUCUUCGCGUUGGAGGAAGAUUGGAACAUGCUAUGCUACAAAUGGAUGCGAAACACCAAAUGAUAUUGCCUUAUAAUGAUCCUUUGGUGAAAUUGCUAUUUAAGACAGUUCAUGAAGAAAAUAAACAUCAAGCCUUGUUAAACGCAAUAAGACAGCGAUUCUGGCCAAUAAAAGGCAAGAUAACAGCAAGGUCUACCGUUCAAAGAUGCAUAAAAUGUAAUAGAGCGCGACCACAACUGUAUCCACAAAUAAUGGGUCCAGAAGAUCAUGAUAAUGCUAUAAUUGACAAAGAUAUAACUCAAGAAAGCACGAUUUCCCACAAGAAAAAAUCGGUAACAGAUGAACAUGGAAGAGAUGUCAUUCCGGCAAAAAGAGUGAGAAUUGCAAACAGUCCUAUAAUACUAUCAGUAUUAUUAACAUUGUUCCUAAUACCUAUGGUCCUGUGCAACAAUUUGAAAGUUACACAAUUUCACAAUGAUCCAGUAUUUUGAAGGGUUAGGAACAAUGAAAUUGAAUACAGCAGAAUGGAAGAUGUUAGUAUAUUAUGACUUAAAGCCCUUUGUUUCGGAAAUAGAGUCAUUGGCAUCCGGCUUACAAACGUUGCAGCAAAUGUGCCAUGUAAUGCAUCAGCAUGAGAUGUGCAACAUUUUUGUAAACAACCUGAAGCAGACGAAAAAUGAAUUACUACAAGACAAAGAAUUAUUCAUCAACAAACGUGUAAAAAGAUCUCCAUUCAACAUAAUUGGGAAUAUUGCGCACUCACUUUUUGGCGUUCUCGAUACGGACUAUGCGGAAGAAAUGUCAAAGACUAUCAACCAGGCAAAAGGCGAACAGGACCACAUAAUCAGUCUAUUGAAAAAUCAGACUUCAAUAAUUGAUUCAACUAUUAAUGUUAUAAAAAGAGAUGAGAUUAACACUCAUCAAAAAAUACGGGAGAUUUUGAAAAUGAUUGACAAACACAAUAACUAUAUAGCUGAAGAAUCCGCCCAAUUCAACAAUUCUCAACUGUUUGGACUUCUAUCAACGCAUUUGAUGUUAUCCGCAAUAAAGCUACAGAGAACACAGGCCGAAAUCAUUAAUGUACUUACGGAUACUCAUCAUGGAAAAAUAAGUCCCCUGUUAUUGGCUCCUCAACAAUUGAAAGAAGAAAUUAGUGUCAUUAAGGCUAAUCUUCCAAUUUCACAUGCGUUGCCAACAUCAGGUGACAAUUUGAUUCAACUUUAUAAGCUUAUGAGUGUCAAAGGGGCAGUUACAAAAUAUGAAAUCAUUUUUGAAGUGAAGAUGCCCUUAGUUAACCAACAGUUUUUUGAGUUGUUCAAAAUAGUUGCAGUUCCAACAAUACAAAAUGACACCUUAAUCGCCAUUCAACCAGAAACGGAAUACAUAUCUACCGAUGCACAUAGAGAAGAAUAUAUUCUUGUCAAAUCAGAGGAUAUUUCAAGCUGCCUCAAACCAAACGAUGAUGAAUAUAUUUGCAGAAAUCAGCAGUCAAAGCUCAAGAAAAAUGCACUUGUUAACCCUUGCGAGAUCAAUAUCUUCAAUAACCAAUCAACUAGCAAUUGCCGUCUUCACAAAAUUACUGGAACAGCAGUUUGGAGUCAAUUACAUCAUCAAAAUAAAUGGAUCUUUGCUACUACAGCCGAUAUUGAAUCUUCAAUGGUAUGCGGAUCUGAAACCAACCUCAUCAUCAUUAAAAAUUCCGGAAUAAUGGAAAUUGGUCCUACCUGCGUAAUAAAAAACAAAUUUGUUACGAUACAUGGACAUUUUGCAGCUUCCAGUAGUUUACAUACAUCCUAUGUAAGAUUGAAAGGCAUUCAAUAUAUAAGUCGACAAGAGGAAAUUGAAAAGGUUUCAACAAAUACCAAUACCACCUCUUACAAGAUUCAUCAAGAAGAAUUGGAUAAUAUACAAAAACAGUUGCAUGAAUCAACUCUAAAAACACCUACCACAAUUAAUUCACUCAUCAAAUCAACAUCAUCAAGCAGUUAGCUACGCAUCUUUAGCUUGCUGCAUUCUUAUUUUACUUGGCCUGCUGAGUUGGAGGAUCCACACAAAAUUUAAGAAGCCAUCUCAAUUCAUACCUACACCAGCUAUAAGAUCUCAUCAAUCAACAAUCGAUUUACAAUGGAGUCAUUCCCAUCGAUGUUACAAUGGAGUCAUUCCCACAUUCCCACAUCCAACCCAGGCGCAAUCAUUGAACAAUGUCAACGCGGCGGAGAAUGUUAAAACAUACAUAAAUAUUUUUUUUAUUGUUCUAUAAACAUACUUUAGAUUUAAUUACCAAAACCAAACAAUAAAUACAAAAUCAAACACACCUACAUAUUUUUAAGUUUUAAAACUGCUUAUACAGCAUUAUUAUAUCACAUAUUUGGACUAUUUUAUUGUUACAGUUAAUUUUCUUUAUUUUAGUUCAUUGGCCAUUGGUUCAUUCACUUUUGCAAUGUUUUUAAGUUUCUUUAACACAUUUAUUUAUUUUGCUUACAUAGCAUUUAAUGUCUACUAGUAACCGACCUACAUUACAAUUAAUUUAUAUCAGCAUUUAUCAAUAGCAUUUUUUAAUUAAUUAUGUUAAGAAAUUAUGUAUAUAAAGACAGCCAGAAAUAAAGAAAUUCAGUCGUCUUUUGUAGUGACUAAACUAAGAGUUUUAAUUACUAUCUAGGCGGCUUCCUUCAAGUUCAUGUGCUUGGAAGGAAAUUAAUUUGGAUACUAAGUGUCAGUUCAAAUUUAUGUGUUUGGAUUGAAUCGCACUAGAUCCUACUAUCAUAACACUAUUUUUAUGGCACUUAGAUGUUAUUGCACAAUGUCACUAACUUUUUCUUCCAUUGGAAUUUUAAUUUGGUGGCCAUCUGUUAUGAUCCCUGUUAGGCGGCGCUAGAGGGGACCUUCCGGUUAGCUAGUGGUCUCGGGUCUACGGUUCUCAACCCUUCCUCUUUUCUAGACCAUCAGGGCAAAUAUGAGUUGAACUUUACAAGACAAAAAAACAUACAUUUACACACAAUAAACCUGCUUUGACAUGGGAGUAUUGUUGCUCUACUCCCACAUUUUGCCCUCCCAAUCAUGGUUUCCACAUCUACCCGCUUCAAAUAUUAUUUGAAGCCCCACAUCACACACAUACACUCACCUUAUAACCUUUAGGAUUCCUCCCUGUUUACCAACAAAUUCACACAUAUUUUCUUUUAAAUAACAACUACAUUAAAACAUUUUUUUCGAUCGUUCCCAACACCUCACUUUCCCGCCCCUGCCGACCGAGAGGGCCACCUACCCAUAACGUAGGGAGCACGUACACCCCAUAGUCCGGAUUAUAGGGGGUUAGUAGACUUGGGAAACCGGCUACAUUAGAACAUCAGCCGGUUUAACAGUUAAAAGCAAUUAAAGUAUCUAACUUAACUACAGUAAAACUAAACAAUACAAAUACUAAAUCACAGAAACUAAGUCUGGCAACUAUUUUAUAAACUAAGAACGUAGGAUAGAGUUUCUUAUGACAUGCAAGGGUUCACACAAAGAAAUCGUGUUGUAUAAUUUAUUAUAAUCAGCACAUAAACUUCGGAGAGGAUUAUUUAUUUCAUAGUUCGUUUUUGCUAAUGUUAGUUUAAGUGGUAUAUAAUAACGCGUAUUUUGCGAGGGGACAUUGAAUUUUAUUUCACCAGUUAAAAACUCAGAAUCAAUUUGACCACGCAAAAGUUUCAUGAAAAAAAUUUAUCUUAGCAUUAAUCUCCUUUUCUCUAGUGUAGGAAGAUCGAUAAGUUGAAGCCUAUUCUCAUAAGGUGGGAGAAGUUCAUUUGAAUUCCAUCCUAAACCUCUCAUAGCAAACAAAAGAAAUUGAACCUGUACAGACUCUAUAUUUUUUGAACAUAUUUUAUAAAAAGGACUCCAAAGUACGCAGCCAUAUUCUAAAGUAGGUCGAACAAGGCGGAUAAAUAAGCGUUUGGUCACAUAAGGAUUGUCGAAUUCCUUUGACCAACGUUUUAUAAAUCCUAGUAAAGAUUUUGCUUUAUUAAUACAAGACUCAAUAUGUAAAUUAAAACGUAAUUUAUUAUCUAAUAUGACACCAAGAUCAAGAAACGAGUCAACAUUAUCCAAUUUGUAAGAACCAAUGAAAUAUUUGUAACAUUUAGAAUUUUUAGUGUUGUAUAAACUUCUAGCUUUUGUAUAAUUAGUAAGGUUUAUGGUAGAAGUGAUUUUUUUAAAUUUUUUUAAAUAACCUUCUUUUUAUGUUACGUAAGCGCCUAAGUCCAAACUACCUUCAAAACACCAAUUUAUAUUGGACAAUGUAGAACGCAACAGAUCAACGUUGCCAAAGUUUAACUUACGCGACUUAUUUUGAGAUGAAGUAUGUACUGUUUGAAUGUUACUAAGUUCAAUGGUUACCAUAAGAGUAGGAUGAUACAUAUCCUCUGGCUUUGAGAAAGGAGGGCAUCUGCACACAGAAGAAGUUAACGAUGAAGAAAAAAUUAAAUCUAAUAAUUUACCUUUCGCAUUAUAGAUAGAAUUUAUUUGAUAAAGACAUUGCUCAAAUAUGAUUUCCCAAAAAGAUGACAUCUCAGUAGAAAGUUCUGUAGAAGAUACUGGUACAUAAUCUACAGUAUCAAGACAUGGAUUUCUUUAUUCUAAUUUUGUAUCUUGCCUUUGUAGGCUAUUAUCCCUACAUGGACUUUCUAACACCAGACCUAAGGCAAUCAAAAAAGCUAAUGUCAUCAAUAUUAUUCCCGUCGAGGCUAUAAAGGGGACCUAAAACGUAUUUAGUCGAAUAGCUUCUUCUUUACAAAAUUCUUACCCUAAGAGAGCUCACUUAAGAAAGAUUUUAGUCUGAUAUUAUUUACUACGUCAAAGCCUUUUCUAGCGUUCUUCAGGAAAAAUAAGUUACACCUAAAAAACCAGGUGUCCGGCAUUAAAAAAUUCUAACAAUAAAAAAUCAAAUACUUAUAACUAGAACAAACACACAGACAACACAUUAACACAGAAAAAAUAUUUUUUUUAUAACCGCCACGGAAUUUCUCUCUCAGAUCUUAGCAACGAUCGAUGUUAUUAUAGUGGGUUACAUCUUUCCAAUGUCAUUCUCUUAUCCUUUACCCUUUUUAAUGGUGUGAUAAAGUGGGUGUUCAGGAUGAUUUCGUCAACAGAAUAAAUUAAUAAUAACAGAAUAAAUUAAUUGUUGGCGGUUUGCUGGUCAACUUGGCACAAAGGCACUUGGUCCUCAAUUCCCGACCCAAAAGAAAUCACUGACCCCCCUUUCGCUGUACUUGAGGCCAGUGGAAAUUGUGGUUUGAUGAUGAACCUACAGCGAAUUCCAUCGCUGACUCACAAUAAAACCUCUACACGAACUUAAAUAACACUUACUUUAAUCUCUUGCCCCGUUUUUUUUUUGUUUUAAAAUUUUAACCACAUAUGUCCUUUUUAAUUUGUUUGGAAUUUGAACAGACUUAUUUUAAAAUUCACCAACGAAACUUGCCAACAAUAAAACAAAUUGUAUUUACUUAGUUUUCCGCGUUUUGCUUUAUAUACCGGUUUCCACUUUCCUCUAUUUUUCCUAAUUUUUCACGACAUUUUAAAACUCAUAUAAAUGGCUUCAGCUACAUUUAGUUUACUACAUAUCAAGGAAUAUAGCCAUUAAAAUGCAGAUGUACAGGGCGGCCAUUUUAGCUCUCGCUAACCCACUGAACAUACCCCAGAGAGAGGUUGCCUGAAAUGAAAUUACCUGAAAAGAAAGAGGUUGCCUGGAAAGAAUGAGGUUGCAUGAAAAGAAGAGAGAAGAAAGAAUAUUAAUAUUUUAAUGAAAUCAACAUUUUUACAAUGUAUUUUGUUUUGUUUUUUUUUUGUUAAUACCUUGCUUUUAUGUUCAUCUAAUUUUCACUAAAGGGGAAAACAAGCAGUUUAAGUUUAGUGUCUACUUACUACAUUGGGUACAGGAUUCCACUCAGAGUUCGGCCACGAUCUGCAUUGUUUGACCUUUUCUGAAAAUACAAGAAAAGAAACGUUAUAAAAAGGUUCUGCAGUGUGUUCGGAAUGUAAUUACAACGCUACCCCCACGAACUUGAACAUUUUACUUACACAUUAAAAAGAGCCGCCUCCAGAUCCAGAUAAAAAAUCUUCAUCAGCCGCCAGAUAUUGCCCACAUAAAAACUGUAUGAAAAGAAAGAGGUUGCCUGAAAUGAAAUUACCUGAAAAGGAAGAGGUUGCCUGAAAA